CGGGGGUUGGGGGUGAUGUGUGUGUGUGGGGGGGGGGGGUUGCAGGGGGUCUCAGCUGUCAGAGACCCUCCGCACGGCGCUGCCCUUCACUUCUCAGCCACGCCGGCGAGAGAACAUCCAACAUGGGUCGAGGGAGUGGUGCUGAUAGCGCUGCGAAGAGGAGCAAGAAGGACAAGGAUCUGGACGAGCUGAAGAAGGAGGUGUCCUUGGACGACCACAAGAUAUCUCUGGAUGAGCUUGGGACCCGCUAUGGAGUGGACUUAGCCCGGGGGCUGAGCAGUGCCAGGGCCCUGGAGAUCCUGCUACGGGACGGGCCCAACUCGCUUACCCCGCCGCCCACGACCCCCGAGUGGGUCAAGUUCUGCCGCCAGCUCUUUGGCGGCUUCUCCGUGCUGCUCUGGAUCGGCGCCAUCCUCUGCUUCCUGGCCUACAGCAUCCAGGUGGCCACGGAGGACGAACCUGUCAAUGACAACCUGUACCUGGGCGUGGUGCUCUCCGCCGUGGUCAUCAUCACAGGCUGCUUCUCCUACUACCAGGAGGCCAAGAGCUCACGCAUCAUGGACUCCUUCAAGAACAUGGUCCCACAGCAAGCCCUGGUGAUCCGGGACGGGGAGAAGAUGCAGAUCAACGCGGAGCAGGUGGUAAAGGGGGACCUGGUGGAGAUCAAAGGUGGAGACCGCACCCCCGCCGACCUGAGAGUCAUCUCUGCCAGCGGAUGCAAGGUGGACAACUCGUCCCUGACGGGCGAGUCUGAGCCGCAGAGCCGAUCUCCCGAGUUCACCCACGACAAUCCUUUGGAGACUCGCAACAUCUGCUUCUUCUCCACCAACUGUGUCGAGGGCACGGCCCAUGGCAUCGUCAUCGCCACGGGCGACCACACGGUGAUGGGCCGCAUCGCCACGCUGGCCUCGGGGCUGACCACGGGCCAGACGCCCAUCAACAUGGAGAUCGAGCACUUCAUCCACCUGAUCACGGGCGUGGCCGUGUUCCUGGGCGUGUCCUUCUUCGUCCUGUCCCUCAGCCUGGGCUACAGCUGGCUGGAGGCCGUCAUCUUCCUCAUCGGCAUCAUCGUGGCCAACGUGCCGGAGGGUCUGCUGGCCACCGUCACGGUGUGCCUGACGCUGACGGCCAAACGCAUGGCCAAGAAGAAUUGCCUGGUGAAGAACCUGGAGGCAGUGGAGACGCUGGGCUCCACCUCCACCAUCUGCUCCGACAAGACCGGCACGCUGACCCAGAACCGCAUGACCGUGGCCCACAUGUGGUUCGACAACCAGAUCCACGAGGCCGACACCACCGAGGACCAGUCUGGUCUGGGUUUUGACAAGAGCUCCUCCACCUGGGCGGCUUUGUCCCGUGUGGCGGGCCUGUGCAACCGGGCCGAGUUCAAAGCCGCGCAGGAUCACCUGCCCAUCCUCGCGAGAGAUACGGCGGGAGAUGCGUCCGAGUCUGCCCUGCUGAAGUGCUUCGAGCUUUGCUGCGGGAGCGCCAAGGAAAUGCGGGCCAGGAAUACCAAGGUCGGGGAGAUCCCCUUCAACUCCACCAACAAGUACCAGCUCUCUAUCCAUGAAUCAGAAGAAAACCCCGGCAGUCAUCUCCUGGUCAUGAAAGGAGCCCCGGAGAGGAUCCUGGACAGGUGCAGCUCCCUCAUGAUCAAUGGCCAGGAGGUGGCCUUGGACGACAACUGGAAGGAGAGCUUCCAGAACGCAUACAUGGAACUGGGAGGACUGGGAGAACGGGUGCUUGGCUUCUGCCAUCUGAACAUGUCCACCUCCCAGUACCCCCAAGGCUUCGCCUUCGACACGGAGGACCCCAACUUCCCCACGGAGCAGCUGUGCUUCCUGGGCCUCAUCUCCAUGAUCGACCCGCCCCGGGCCGCCGUGCCCGACGCCGUGGGCAAGUGUCGCUCCGCCGGCAUCAAGGUGAUCAUGGUAACCGGCGACCACCCAAUCACAGCCAAGGCCAUCGCUAAGGGAGUGGGCAUCAUUUCUGAGGGCAACGAGACGGUGGAGGACAUCGCUGCGAGACUCAACAUUCCCCUGAGCCAAGUCAACCCCAGGGAUGCCAAGGCGUGCGUGGUGCACGGGUCAGACCUGAAGGACAUGAGCUCGGAGUUCCUUGACGACCUGCUGAGGAAUCACACUGAGAUCGUGUUCGCUCGGACAUCACCUCAGCAGAAACUCAUCAUCGUGGAAGGCUGCCAGAGACAGGGGGCGAUCGUGGCGGUGACGGGGGACGGCGUGAACGACUCUCCCGCCCUGAAGAGGGCCGACAUCGGCGUUGCCAUGGGGAUCGCCGGCUCUGACGUCUCCAAACAGGCGGCCGACAUGAUCCUGCUGGACGACAACUUCGCCUCCAUCGUCACCGGGGUGGAAGAGGGUCGUCUGAUCUUUGACAACCUGAAGAAGUCCAUCGCCUACACGCUGACCAGCAACAUCCCGGAGAUCACACCCUUCCUCCUCUUCAUCCUCGCCAGCAUCCCUCUGCCGCUAGGGACCGUCACCAUCCUCUGCAUCGACCUGGGCACCGACAUGGUGCCGGCCAUCUCCCUGGCCUACGAGGCGGCGGAGAGCGACAUCAUGAAGAGGCAGCCGCGCAACCCCAAGACGGACAAGCUGGUGAACGAGAGGCUCAUCAGCAUGGCCUACGGACAGAUAGGCAUGAUACAGGCCCUGGCCGGCUUCUUCACUUACUUCGUCAUCCUGGCGGAGAACGGCUUUGUCCCCCGGUCCCUGCUGGGCAUCCGCAUCCUCUGGGACGACCGCAACGUCAACGACCUGGAGGACACCUACGGCCAGCAGUGGACGUACGAGCAGAGGAAGAUCGUGGAGUUCACCUGCCACACCUCCUUCUUCAUCAGCAUCGUGGUGGUGCAGUGGGCCGACCUCGUCAUCUGCAAGACCCGCAGGAACUCUGUCUUCCAGCAGGGCAUGAAGAACCGGAUCCUGAUCUUUGGACUGUUCGCUGAGACAGCUCUGGCUGCCUUCCUGUCCUACUGCCCUGGCAUGGACAUAGCACUCCGCAUGUACCCUCUGAAGAUCAGUUGGUGGUUCUGCGCCUUCCCCUACUGUCUGAUCAUCUUCAUUUAUGAUGAGAUCCGCAAACUGAUCCUGAGACGCUGCCCUGGAGGUUGGGUGGAACAGGAGACGUAUUAUUAACAUUCAUAAAAUGUCGGUUUCAAUCCCGUGUGAGUGGGUGUGUGUGUGCGUGUGUCUUCGUGUCUGUGUGUGUGUGUUAGGCGGUAGUCUGUCUGUCAGUUGUUAUAUUGCAUGGAUCAUUUCACAAAUCUGAUUAUCAUAGCAACUACUGCUGGAAAUAAGCUUUUGAUUGUGUUUUGAGAUUUCAUUUUUUUUAUUCUGGGCCUGACGUGCCUUGUACAUUUCUGUGCCUCAAGUAAAUGUUGAAAGAGAAUGAAGCACGGCUGAUUGUACAAGGCAACACUACCAACAACGUUUGCCUAAUGAAAUGGAUUCUAAUUCUAUAAUUCUGUGAACAAUUUUCUUAUUUAGCCUCAAUUGGAACAAUGAUUCGGUAUUUUCAAAGGAAAAUAAAAAAAAUGAAAUACCUUC